CACCAUAAUCACCAUAAAUUUAUCAUCAAAUUAUCAUAAACAACAACCAAGUUUAAACCAAAAAAAUGCUAAAAUGUUGCAUAUUUUGUGAAACAAAGCCAAUCCACGAGUUAACUUGAAAACUAACAAGGCACCCACUAUUUUUUUUCCAAAAAAUUAAAAGUUUAGGAUAAACCCGGAAAGAUGAGAAAAUGUUGACUCUUUUUUAAUGGUCACAACAGUUCAGGGGUUCGAAAGCUAUAAAGUAAAAUUUAAGGGCAUAAUUGAAACUUAUCUUUUCCAAAACCCUGCCUGCCUUAUCUUCAGAACAACGGUGCCACGAAGUUAUCGGAAAACUCGACACCGAUGGCAGCUCCGAUUACUACCAGCACCUCAUUAUUCUCCCAAUCUUCGUUAUUCACGCUCGCUCUAAAACCUCAGCUAUAUUCACCGAAAUCCUUAAUUCAAUCAACUCACAGAGUCUACCAUACCGGAGUUUCCACGUCGCCAUGUCUAUUAAAUCGAGCUUUAAGGUUUCAUCAUGUGCAUCACAGAAACAAGGAAGCUUUGAAGAGAGGCCUCUCUUCGGUUUGUUUCUACAAGAAUAAAAAUUCUAUAAGUGACAAGGGAAGUGGAUUAGACUGGCCAAUCCUACAACGAUGGGAUGUACCAUGGGAGUGGUAUACAGUUUCACUGACCUCACUUGCUUGUGGACUAGGUUUUGUUUUGACAGGGCUUGUAGAGGCUGCAGCUCUUCCAUAUCUUGGCCUUCAAAUUGGAGAAUUAAGUCUUGAUGAGAAGGCAGAAAUACUCUUUUUUGAUCAGGCAUUCACAACAGCUGUUGUACUUGCAACACUUUAUAGUGUCACAAACAGAAGUGGACAAAAAGACUUGUAUAGCUAUGAUUGGAGGAAUCCUUUUGAUCUUCAAAAAGGAUGGCUUUUAUGGGCUGGAAUAGGCCUUGUUGGAGCCUUGAUUACUAUCUCACUUACUGGAGUUGCCAUGGCCUUUUUCAAUGGUGAGCCACCUCAAAGAGAGACUGAUGCUCUUGUACGCUUGCUUCCUUUGAUCGGAUCCUCAAGUGUCAGUACUAUAUGCUUGUUAGGUAUCACAGGUGUUCUAGCUCCAGUUCUUGAAGAAAAUGUGUUUCGUGGUUUCCUUAUGGUGUCCCUUACAAAGUGGGUGCCAACACCGAUUUCAGUUCUUAUAAGUGCUGCAGUGUUUUCAGCUGCACAUCUCACUCCUGGGGAGUUUCCACAGCUCUUUAUACUUGGAACUGCUUUGGGAUUUUCUUAUGCCCAAACUCGAAAUCUUCUCACUCCCAUAACAAUACACGCACUUUGGAACUCGGGUGUUAUUGUAUUGUUGACCAUUCUCCAAAUUCAAGGAUAUGAUAUCAAGGAACUAUUGCAAGUGUCGUGAUAUAAAUCGUAUAUUAUCGGGUUUAAGUAUGUACAUGUACAUCGCCUUCCUUUCUUGAUCUGGGAUACUGUAAUUUACUUUUCUAGGUAGAUAUACUUAAGACAUAUAUGUAUGUGUACAUACACACGUUUAAAUUUCAAAUUAACUACAUAAUGAAUUGGUUAUUGUGUGCCUAAUAAAUGGUGGAUGAACACAAAUUUCAAUUUAUAAUAUAUAAAUAGUUG